AUGGGCCGGACAGAGCCUUCCAAAGGCCUGGCGCCACCGAGCUUCCGUCGUGACGCACGCGCCAAGAAGGCAAAAGCCACUCUGAACAAAGCCAUUCCGGCACUGCUAUCGAGCCAUCCGCGCGCAAAACGUGGUACUGAGGCUUCAGAGCUGAUUGUCGAGCCGCCUGCCCGCAAAUCUGCGUCAAAUGCACCAAGAGGCGGGGAAAGGAAUGGCGCCCCGUUGCCACCGAAUGAUGAACAACCCGGCUUGUUCCUCGAGGUGGCGGAUACCCUAGCGGUUGCGAGAUCGCUGCUUAGGGAUCAGGAGACUGAGAGAGAUGACCUGAGUAAUAGGGUGUCUCGUGUCGCCAUCUUGAACAUGGCCUCACCACUAUCACCCGGUGGAGGCUUUGUCAAUGGAGCAAGCAGUCAGGAGGAGUCACUGUGCAUGCGCAGCACGCUUCUACCAUCCCUCAAAGAUGAAUUUUACCGUCUUCCAGAGCUCGGUGCCGUCUUUACUCCCGACGUUCUCGUAUUCCGGAACGAAUCCGGGGACGAUCUGGAGAAACGGGACCGCUGGUUUGUGGAUUGCGUCAGUGCCGCUAUGCUCCGGAUGCCGGAGACGGAGGUCAACGAAGAGUCUGGGCGUGGCAGGUAUGUCAAUUCCAGCGACAGGGAUACCAUCUUGCAAAAGAUGCGCAUCGUCAUGAGGGUAUUCCAGGCCAAGGGUGCCAGAAAAGUCGUGCUUGGAGCUUGGGGUUGUGGUGCAUAUGGCAAUCCCGUCGGCGAGAUAGCAGCAGCCUGGAGCAAGGUACUGCUAGGUGGAAAGAACAAGGCCAAAGCCAAAAAGGAGACCUGGUCAGGUAUCGACGAAGUCGUCUUUGCAAUCAAGGACCCUGGCCUGGCCGAUGGAUUUGAGGCAGCGUUCGGUCCAGGCUUGACGCGCAGGGCAGCCGAAGAUGCAUCGGAAGAGGAGUCCGAGAACGACGAUGCUGAAGCGUUCAGGCUUAAAGAGCUUCAGGACAAGAUCAGCGAGCUGGAGCAGCGCAUGGCGCAGACCGCCAAUGCCCAGGUCAAGUCUGGGCUGGGCGGUAUAUUGGCUGGGCUGAAGAGUCAACUUGGAGGAGUCAACGACAAGGAUGCCCCAACGCCAGACCGUGCCAGUGAGGCUAGCAGCGACGAGGCAGCAUCAGACCAAGACAGUGAUGUGUCAUCGCCCCAGCCCGGCGACGAAGAAGAGGCAGAAGAUGGCGAUCAUGAUAAUAGGCGGUGA